CAAGGAGGUAAGUGAUUAAAUGCCUUUAUACCUAUAUAAUAAACGCCAUUUUUAUAGACAGACAACCUUGGUUGUGAAGGGUAAAAAUUAUUUGUACCUCUGGUGUUGAUAUUAUAUAGCUCUGAAUUUGUUUUAAAUAAGGAGAUAUUAUCAAUUAUAAAAAUUAGUAAUGAAAAUAUAUUCUGAGAAUAAAACGGUAAUAUAUCUAGUUUCUUAAACAACUCCCUAUAGGAAUCCCUAUUUCUGGAAUUUGUAAUAAUUCUUAUGGCCUUUUUUGUAGUUUAAAUAUAUUGACGCUAUAAGGGCAAUUAGAUUAUACCAUAUGACAUAACUGCAUGAAAAUAAAUAUUCUAUCCUCAUCACUAAAUAAAUAGAGAAGAUAUAUCUGAAUACAGAUUUCAUACUUCAUUCUUAAGUUCCAUUUUCACUGUAGAAAAUGCACCAUAUUUAUUUCUGUUAACAUAUCCAAGGAAUUGUGUACAAACUUUCUCCAAAAUAUUUUUAAAGACAUUAAAUUCAUAACAAUGCAUAAUAUUUUUAUCUACUCUUAUCUCUAGAAUGAACUACUGCAUCAGACUUUUGAUUUAUAUAAAAUUAUCCAAUAAUGCAUAACAUAAAAGUAUGCUAUUAAUCGGAUUUGAAUACAGGAAAGCAAUGUUUUAUUUCUAAAUCUUAAGGUAAAUAAAAUGGCUUUCACAGAAUGUGUUAAAAUGUGGAAUAUAUUUUAGAAAUUCAGUUAGAAGCUAACCUACCAAGAACUAAGAUCCCUGCAUGACACGUUUUCAAGGAGUGCUGUUGUGACAAAUUUAUCAGUGACAUUAUCAUCACAUUUGACCUUUGCUUUAUCUAGCACAUACUUAAGUUAGAUAGUAUGAUGGGGUAUGCAUACUCUCUCAACAUUGCAGUCACAUAUUCUCAAGAGAGUGGGAGCAUUAAUUCAAGUGAAUUCGUUUAAAAUCUUGACAAGAUGGAUGGUGUACUUAGAGUGGAAGAGGUAAAUGCACUGGGAAGUGAACAGUUUGUCUGGAUAUUCAACAACAUUGUGGAAAGUUACCCUCAAGCUGCCAUUGCCAUUUGUAAUCAACGCCCAUUUAUCAGUGCAGACCAUCUUGCAGACGCUGUUAGCAAUUACCUCAAUCUACUGCCACCUCAUGGUAAAGAAGAAGUGUUAAGACUUCAUCCAGACUUGGCUGGGCGCUUAAAUGACGAAGGCAGGCUAACCAAAGAUUCCACCAGGGAACAGCAGAGUGCAGGAUUACACAACCUGACACCAGAGGAAAAAGUCCAAAUGAAUCAGCUCAAUGGCAGCUACCGAGAGAAGUUUGGCUUCCCAUUUGUAAUAUGCGCUCGAGAGAAUAAGGCAGCAGCUAUCUUGCAAGGUCUUCAAACCAGAAUGCACAAUUCCUAUCAAGAUGAACUUGAAAAUGGCAUAAAUGAAGUGAAAAAGAUUUGUCGUUUACGUGUGAAAGAGUUAAUACUGAGUUGAAAGUGAUUCCGAAGAGCUGAAACUUACUUGGAAAGUCACAAUUAACACUCAGUUUUGAUUUUGAUGUAAUAGAAAAUAUGUUAAUGGUGAUACUUGAACAUCCAAUGGCCAUCAACGAUUCUAUAAAUUCAAGCUAUCUUUCUUUUACACACAGUGACUCAAAAAAUAAUAAUGUCAAAACAAACACACAGCUAACCAAUUAAAAGGAAAAAAUGUUCCAGGAUAA